AUGACAUUUCUUUCUCCAUCGCUGAAAUUAGAAAAUUUAUCUUCAAAACCCAUUAUGAGUUUGGACCACUUGCCGGAAGAAAAGCGUUAUAACAAAAACAACAUUGCGGCGAAAUGGUGUGCCCCCAUUAAUGGUAAAAUGUAUCGCAUUGAACUGGAGCAUGGCACUACUAGUGGUCGUCGCAUGAUUUGGGUUAAUGGAAAGGAAGUUUUAAGACGCGACUGGAUGUUUAAACUGGUCGGCGAGGACACAUUUUACAUUGAGCAGGCGCGAUGUAUUAUACGUGUAGAUCCGGCACCGGGAUUCAAGUACGAAUAUUUGUUAUUCAUAGAUGGAAAACCACUUGACCAAUACACCGAUGAGCAGACCAAACAAUAUCGGCUAUGGGUGACAACAAUUAAUGGUAUUCAGUAUAGAAUUAUGCUGGAAUUAGACACUUUAAAUCUCUAUAUAAACGAUGAGCUGUGCAAGGACACGGCAGAAUUCGUCGAUGGUGGGACCGAUACAACCGUUUACCACAAUGACGUUGAAUUCAUCUUGCAAACCCGAUCGAGUGGCAAUAAACACAGCGGAAUCCGCCACACCCUUCUGGCAAAUCACGUCGAAAUACCCGAAGCCAAAAUCCAGGAAAUCAUCCAGGAACCUUGUUCCAUACUCUCAACGUAAUUAC